AUGGAACCACUUUCAAAGCCGUUGCAGGCCGCUGCCGAUCUGGACACGGCACGAUGUCAAGGAAACUGGGCGGUGGUGCCUGAACUUGCCAAAAAGUACAAAAGGUACCAUCCAGAUGAAUCAGUGAUUGUGGCAACGGCUACCUACGAGGCCAAGUUUUCCUUGUUUGUAAAUCAGCAACGUAAAGAAGAAGUGACGAGCAAAGGCGAAACGACAUCGACACUAGAGCAACGGUACCGAGAGUCGAGUGCCUGGGACAUCCGCAGAGAUAGCAACGCUCUAUUAACACCUAUCCAUUCGACUCACCAUCAUCAUCAUCAUCACCACAGAAAAGAAGCAGUGCCAACAACGACACAACAAGGACAUCAUAGGAAAUCUAUUUGGGGCAAUGGUAGUAGCAAUGGUGGUGGUAGUGGCACCAUCAAUAGCAGCUACAACAAGUCAUCGGCCCAACUCAUUCCAGCACCUCAAGUACCCGAACUGUUACACGAUUCCGAUGUUGUUCAUUGCAAAGAUGAUCCUCAUCAUAUUGCUUUGGCACCACGUCUCAACCCAGCCGACACGGAAAAGUAUUUGAAAGCGUUGCAGGAACUGAUUAAAAAGCAUAUCAAGUCGGACGACUUACAGACAAAGGACGAUCGCCAAGCGCAGCUUGCCAAAAUCGUUAUAGCACGGAUUUAUUUCGAGACAGGGCGUUAUGACAAGGCUCUGGAAUCAUUGGAAAGAUUGGCCUUGCGUAUGGAAGAUGUACAUUCCGGAUACGGCAUGGUUUUGCUUGUUCAAGCCCGUGUCAUCAAAGCAAUUUGUUUUGAGAUGCAAGGUGAUAUUCCAACUGCUCUCGAGACCUAUGGUGCCGCUUGGGACGUUUAUGAUCAGCAUCCAUCUGAAAAGGGUGAAAUGCUUUCGUUUUGGAUUGAAGACUGUCUUUACCGGGCUAUCUUGCUUCAUGUGCGAUCCGAGAGUGGCGCACGUCAAGUUUUGCCACUAAUGCGAGGUUAUAUGCACCUAGCAUCGUCACAUUGGUCAGCCUUUUGGCGAAUGCAUAAGCGAUGGCUUGUUUUCCAACAAUACGGGCGUUUUCUCAUCAAGGUUUGUCAAGGCGACACCUACUAUCCCAUGCCGAUCAGCACACAACCGGGAACCAAAGGAAGCGCCAACAGUAGCAACACUGCCAGUGGCAAAGCUUCUGCUUACGAGGAAUUGCUUUGCUUGACAGCUCUGUAUAGAAACUUGUUGAGCUCAAUCACAGCACGUUCUUCUACCCAAGAAAGAUGUCGAUAUGUAUUAGAGUUGGCCAACCUUAUCGUUGAUACACACAAUGUGAUCGGAUGGGGUGAAAUCAGUAACAUUCGACGUGUUCUCCAGUUCCUUCAAAAAGCCAAAGAACACACGUUCAACAGCAUGUGUAUCUUUCGUUUCAUUUUCUUUACGUUUAUGCGACUGGGCAACUAUGAUGAAGCAAACUGUUCGUUGCGGAGCUACAUGGAAUUGGUGGGAUUACCGGACGUUGACAAGACGGACGAAAACGGGUUUGAAACCACACCGUAUGCUGAUUUGGAUGUCCCUGCUCGUGUCGAACGUAUUCUCAGCAAACUCACUGCUUUACGACGUAUCGAAGAAACAACAACGAAGAACGACGACAUUGUUCACGAAAACGAGAAUGAAAUUAACGUCAUUGAAGUUUUGUUGGCUGGUAUUCAGCUUUAUGGUCGUGAAUUAAGGAACGGAAAGCAAGCAGCGUUUCUUGGUGAUUUGGCUGUGGAAUUGGCCUCCAGUAUGGAUCCAUUUAUAUGCGAUUAUACUAUCGAGGAUUGGAUGCCUAUUAUGGUAGCGUGUCAUCGUAUGCGUGGCACUGCUUACGGUCUUUAUGCUGCACAAACACACGAUCCGGAUAACCGAGCAAUAUACCACAACGAAGCACUGACAUCAUUGCGGAAAGCAUCGGAAUACGAUCUAAACUCUUGGAAAGUUCACUACGAAAUCGCGCUGCAGCAAGCUCAAAUGAAAGACAUUGGGCCUGCCAUUGCAUCUGUGGGCAAAUCGAUCCAACUGAAGUCCGACCACAUCCCAUCUUGGCACCUCUUAUCGCUCCUCAACUCUUGCAAUCAAUUUCGACAGAUACCCCAAGCAUUGCAAACGAUCCAGGCCGGUUUACAAGAGUGCGGCAGUGGCACCAUCAAUGUACCCACCAAUAUCACCUAUGGCAUGCCCGUCUUGACUUGGAAUGCAGACGAAAAGCAUAGUCGUGUCUAUCACGAUAAAUGCGAAGCCUAUUUACGACUCCGGAUCACUCAAUUAGAACUUCUUGAAGCGUUGGAAGGACCCGAUGCAGCACUGCGAGGCUAUGGUGAGCUGUUCUCCAUGUACACCUUGUUGGCACAAAGUCUGGGUAUGAGCGAGGCUCAGGUGGCUGUACAGGCAAAUGAAAGUCUUCAACGCAUUGCGUCGAUUCAUGCCAAAGAUUCAACAACACAACAAGAUGCAACAGCAAAUCGUAAAUCAUCAGUGCCCUCGUCCGAGGAACCACCUGCUUCUCCGCGUUCCACACGUUCGUCUAGAGCUAAAUCCAUGGAUGGUCUUCGACGCCUUUCGGUAUCUUCAACAAAACAACGUGGACCAGCAUCGUCAGAUUUGUCGACGGAUCCAGUGCCACCGUUGCCUUCUGCUGCAGCUUCUAAUACAACUGAUGAGCUCAAGACACGGCGCAAAUCGACAGACACAGUCCGUUCGACAAAAGAUAAAUCACGGAAAAAGAGUUUUGGCGAUAUCAGCUCAAGCAAACGAUCCGGUACACCUACGAGUCAUCAGUCAGCGCCGCGCCGAGAAUCAUCUAACAGUCGUCUCAAUAUCAAACGUGGAUCUACUGCUGAGGAGCUAAGACGUGAUUCAGCACCAUCAGAAAUCAUUGCACCUGCCACAUUAACGCCUUCAUUCUCACUAGUCAGUAUGCGUAGCAGUUCCUUUAGCAGUAGUUCUAUUUCUUUGGCGACAACGACAUCAACCACAACCACAUUUCCUUCAGUCCCCUCAUCUCCUAACAGCAAUAACGCCAGUGCAUUUGUACGAACCCAACGGGAACGCUGGCAUCAGCUACUGAUCAAACUGUGGCUCAUGUCCACCAACACAUUUAUCAAGUCAGGUCGAUUCGAAGAAGCUAGCAAAGCCAUUGUCGAAGCUGAGCAACUGGGACUGAUGGAUGCUGUUGUAUGGCACCAAUUGGGUGAUUUGUGUUGGCAAACGUACAAACACCAAGAACCAGACAAUGAAGAAUUGUUGGAGAUUGCAUUGGAUGCGUACAAAAAGGCCUUGACGCUUGAACCAGAUCAUGUUCGUACGCAUAUUGAUCUGGCGGCUGCAUAUAUGGAUAUGAAGGAAUGGGAACUAGCGGAAGGAUUGUUGGAGCGAACGACCAAAGGACCUGGCUGGGAUAAACCUGAAGCCUGGUAUCUGUUGGGUACGGUUUACAAGCAGCAACAAGUACUCGAUCAAGCAAAGAGCUGUCUGCUUUACGCCAUGGAGUUAAACGAGGCCACACCCAUGGGAUCUUUUGUCGACUUGCCAAGAUUCGUCUAA